AUGCCCUGGGCCCGACUGAUGCGGCUGCUAGUCCGGAAGGAAGCUACACCCCUCAAUGGUCUCAACCCGUUAUUUGCUCUGCGAAACUUGUGGGAACCCUGGGCCCUCGACCAGAAAGACAAGAAAAGCCACCACAUAAUCGACCUUCUUCAAACCUUCGACGACUCAGAAUGUGCAGAUCCGAAGGAUCGAGUGUACGCCUUAUGUGGGCUUGCGGACGAUGUGGUGAUACUGAGAGAUGGUCAACAGAUCGAGCCAGGGGCACAAGUCCAGCAGAAGAUCACCAUAUAG